AUGAGCUUAGAUCUUCUACUUAUUGAUCCGUUGAAUACGAAGUGUAAGUUGCAAUUAAAAUUUUUAUGGAAAUUAAGGAAUAAUAUACCAAUUAAUGAAGAUGAUGAAACUAAGUCUACUUCUUUCCCAGUCUGA